AUGGAUCAACAUGGUGUCAGACAUUAUUCAUGGUUUGGUUAUUAUUAUGCCUUCAAUAAGUUGAGCUGCAACAACGAAAACAUUGACGAAACCUUACAGGAAAAUCCAAAAUACGGAAGGGAGUUAAGCCAACGUAAUGAUGAAUAUUCAAACAAGGAGACAGAUGAUGAAACGAAUCCCAUUAUCCAUCGCAAUUAUCACUUAGAUACUAUUAAACCACCGGCUCCUACUUUCUGGUCAUCAUCGUCAUCUUCAUCAUCUUUAUCAUCAUCAUCUUCUUUUCAUGAAAUUAAUAAUGAUGAUACCGAUGUUGUUCAUAUUGGUGAAAACAAAAGCGAUCAUCACAAACAUGUAAGCGAUGACAAAAACAGUUCAUGGGUCAGGUUGAAGAGAUCAGAUUAUUUUCAUUAUAGAGAGGAGGAUGCUGGGUCAGGUUUCCACAAGGAGGAUGCUGGGUCAGGCUCCCUUAAGAGACAAGCUGUCUACAUGACAGAUGCAUCCGACCUCACUGAUGGAGACACCAUCAACAACAUCACUGACAAUACCAUUACAACCAGCAACAAUAUCAACAAUGAAAUAGAUGUUAGCAACAGCAACAUAGACAACAACGUUAUAAUUAAAUGCGAUGCAAUGAAAAAAGUUGACCCCAACACAUCAACGAUGCAACGUGGUCGUAAUGAAGAUUCUGAAAUUUUAAAAAAUAAAAAUUGCAACAUCGGAUCAAAUGAUAUAAAUUUGCAAGACUACAUUUUAAUCAAGCCUGAUAUAAAAUCAAUGAAAAAAGUUGAAAAGUUAGUAAAAAAAUCCAUGAAGAACAAGGAUGAGAUGGGUAAGUUGGAACGAAAAAUGAAAAUGUUCAAAGAGGCUGAGAAAUAUCACGAAAAUUUAAAAAAUGUUACAAGUGAUGCUACUCACAUCGUUAAGAACGACAACCUCGCUGUAAACACACAAACAAAAAUCAAUUCGAACCUUGCCAUAAAAAACUUUGAACUGGAAUACCAACUGAAGCGGGAGCUGAAUGCCAAGAUUUUCGAGCUGACAACAAGGAUGCAACAACUGAAACUAAAAGUGAAUUCCUGCGAUCAACUGUUGGACGAUUAUUGCACGAACAUGUUGGAUACGCAGGUCAAAAUUGUGGAGUUGGGCGAGCAAAUGAAAAAAAUUGUGGAUAAGAAGGUGUAUGAUGUCGUCAAUGAACUGCAGUGUCAAUCCCUUCAAUAUUGUCAACAGGCCGAAAAUAAAAAAACUGACUACAUCAAGAUUAUUAAAAAUUUAGGAAAACUAAGAAACAAGUUUGUAGGUUUGAAAUAUAAAAAAGAAGGGUUAAUCUUACAUAUGGAUUCCCUGGAUAAAUUCAACGCUUGCUACAACAAUGUGGACUUUCGAACUUGUGAUAAUGAAAUCGCCAACGAUUUUGAAGUGAAAAACAGGCGAAAGGUUCAUUUCGAGGAAUGCGAUGUCAAUCAUUGGAAGAAUUUAUGCUUGGGUUCUUUGAAACACUUCUCAGUGAAUUUUGCAAACAGAUGGGUCUUGAGAUCCGUUCUGAUCUUCGUAAGUAAUGGAGAAGUAGUCAGAGAAGGAGGUAGAGAGUUCCAGAGAAAAGACCCAAAAAAAGCAAGCGCAGAUUUAGCAAAAGAGUGUUUAAGACGAGUUAAGAAAAAGCAGCCAGUGCAAGAGAACAAGACAUGGAAAUAUAUGAGAAAAGAAGCUGGCACGAGCAACUAG